AUGGAGAAAGCGGUUUUAGACCACUUUGAGGUGAUAGAUACGUACUUUGACAUAUACAAAUUGAGUGAUUCGAUUUUCUCGGAUUUUGAUUUUCAAAAUACGAUAUUGGAGAUUCGAAAGGUCGAAAAUGUCACUUUCGAAAAUUCAAACUUUGUCGAUGCGAGUAUUUAUACUGAAGUCGAAGACAACGAACACAUCGACUUCUUUAAUGUUUGCUUUACCAAUACACACAUCAACAACAAGUAUUAUUAUACCAUUCAAGGAGACUUUUAUAUUGAUGUUGAUAAUGAACUCGUAUCUGGUAAAUAUAACAAAGAUGAAGUAGUAAGUGCAUCUUUUGUCACACUUUCAAUAAUUUGCUGCAUUUAUGCGGCAUCAGUGUUGUUUGGCAUAGUUGGGCUUAUUAUAUUCUUGUUAAUUAAAAAGAAAAAGUAUAAUUCAAUUUGA